AUGUCAGGGGCGUCUGAUGAAUUAAUAUAUCAUUCAUCUGGUAUUUUUUCUUUUUUUUCAUCUUUGUUUAUUUCUUCUAUUUUUCUUUUCUGCAUUUUCUUUCUUUUCUUCUUUUUUUUUUCUCUAAACGUUUCUUUUUUUGACGUGCUUAACUUCCCAUUUUCUUUCAUUUUGCUUUCUUUUUGCUUCUUAUUUAUUCAUUCUUUCCUUCUUCGCUUCUUCGUUUCUUUACUUUUCUUUUUUUCUUUCUUUCAUUUUAAACUCUUUUCUUUCUUUCUUUUUCAUCUUUCUUUAUUUUCCUUUUCUUCAUUUUAUUCUUUAUUCUUUUUUUUGUCUCUCAUUUUCUGUUUCUAUCUUUUUCUUCCUACUCAUUCAUUCAGUUUUUUCAUCCAUUCAUUCGUUAUAUUAUCAAUUUCUUCCGCUGCUUUCGAUUACUGUUUUCUUUUUAAGCUUCUUUUUCUUCUUAUUUUCUUCUUUAUUGGGCAUAUUUCUUUCUUUAUCUUGUUUCAUUAUUCUUCUUUUAUUUAUUAUUCUCUUUUUUUUUGCUAUUCUUGUUUUUAUUCUUGUUUGCAUUCUUCCUUAUUUUUUUCUUUUUCUCUCCUCUUUCCAUGUAUUUAUUAUUCCUUCUUUUCUUUCUUCUUUCCAUUUAAUGUUUUCAUUCAUACUUCUUUUCUUUCUUUUUCUCUCCUUUUUCUAUUUAAUGUUUUCAUUCAUCCUUCGUUUCUUUCUUUUUCUCUCUUCUUUCCAUUUAAUCUUUUUCAUUCUUCCUUCUUUCUUUCUUUUUCUCUGCUCUUUCUAUUUAAAGUUUUCAUUCUUUCUCAAUUUUUUCUUUUUCUCUCCUCUUUCCAUUUAAUGUAUCCAUUAAUCCUUCUUUUCUUUGGUUUUCUCUCCUCUUUCCAUUUAAUGUUUUCAUUCAUCAUUCUUUUCUUUCUUUUUCUCUCUUCUUUCCAUUUAUUUUUGUUCAUUUUUCUUUCUUUUCUUUUCCCUCUCCUCUUUCCAUUUAAUGUUUUCAUUCAUCCUUCUUUUCUUUUUUUUGUCGUUCUUCUUUUCUUUCUUUUUCUCUCCUCUUUCCACAUAAUGUUUAAUUCUUUCUCCUCUACCUUCUUACUUUAA